UUAAGCAAAUGUUUAAAUAUAAAACCGUAUUUAAUUAUAUUUUGUAAAUAACUUAUUUACGAAUCGUUCAUCUCACGAAAUUCUUACAAUGCCUCCAAAUCACUUUUUGAAAUAUUCGUGUCCGAGUUCAUCUUCAAUUGACAGUGAUGCUUACGAAAUUAUUGAUCUAAGAAGACGAAUGACCCGGAAUUGGCUGAAUGAUCAACCGAGUACAUAUUCACCAGACACAGAUGUAGAGAAUUUUACCAAGAGAUGGUCUAAAUUUUCAUCCAGACUUUCAAAAAUGACUAAAAAAAAAGCAGAACAUGAACGAAAGAAGUACCCAGAUGUUAAAAAUAAAGCUAUGCGGAAUCCACAUAUCCCCAAACGCGGUGUUAACUUACGUAGCAAUUUUCUGAAUGAACCUGUAAUAGAGUUACCAGACGAUUCAGGAGAUGAUGAAGCAAAAGCGGUUCCAGCAUUAAAGUUCAGCUCAGCACAUAUGUAUAUUAACCAGAUACCAGAUCUACAGUUAUCUCCAAAAACACAAAAUAUUUAUAAUGCUAAGGUUCACUUUCCUCAUAAGCAAUACCAUCGUAAUUGUAGAAACAAGAUUCCAGAACAAAAACUAUGUUCUUCUGUUAAAAACCCUUGUGACUACAAGAAGCAAAUCCCUUGUGCAAAACAACAAAGUAAUUGGGAUCAACUACCUUGGAGGGAAGUUAUGUUGGAAAAGGAACGUAUGAAACGGCAAGUUGAUAAUACGCCAGUCCUUGAAAUUCAAACAUCAGCAAAGACAAUCUAUGAACGACGCGUUAUGGACAAUAAACCAAUAAAAACCUCAAAAGAAGAAGCAUGUACAUAUAAAAUUCCACUUGAGGGAUUAUAUUUCAAUGACAAAUUUGAUAGCAAUCGCGAUACAGAAGUUGAGUAUGAAUUACAAGACAAAGCUGCCAAAAAGAAACAAAAAUUUAAUAGAAUUUACAAUAAUCCUGAUAAAUAUAAAAAUAAGCCAACGAGAGUAGUUCAAAAUGAAGAUUUACAUAUUGACUCCAAUGAUGAAGAGAAAUUCGUUAAUUAUCAGUUGAGAAUGAGGCAGAAAGAUUCUUUGGAACUCAAUCGUUUAAAACAAAUGCAAAAACAUCUUCCAAAAAAUGUUAACAAGCCUAGAAAGUGUGAAGAAAUAGAAGAGAACGCUUUUGAAGAUGAAGAGUGCCCCGUGGCAAAAGCCAUUCGAAAGAAAAAAGUAACAGGCACACAAAUUCAUUUAAGUCCAAAUCAACAACAUAAUCUCAAGACUUUGCAUGAAAUGAUGAAAAAGAUUGCUUCCAGAAAGAAACGUUCAAGAAAUGAAAAACAGAUCCAACAGGAAAAGUUCAACACAUGCUGUGAUUCAAAGGAACAUUUUUACUCUAAAAAUAAGAAUACUGAAAAGAAAUCAAAUAAUCGCCAAAAAAAGGAGAUUCUAUGUAAAAAUUGUAGUCAAGAAUAUAUAGAUAAUGUGCUUGACCGGGAAGAAGAAGAAUUAAAGGCACAUUACUUACAGAAUGAAUGUAUACACCCUAAAGAUAGCCAAAGUGAGGAAUCUGAUACAAGUAACGAAAUAUAUGAAUAUAGUCCAGAUGAAUUAAUAAAAGAAAGAGCAAAAACUCAAAAACUAUUACGAGAAGAGGACAGUUGUUUCAGGAAAAUAUUGAUACAACAUUUGAUCAGAAAAGGCAAGCUACAAAGAAGACUUCGUAAGAUUGAUGGAAACAAGGCUAGUAAAUCUGUACAGACAGAUGAAUUUGCAUUUUUAAAAUAUUUGAACGAAAAUGGUUUCAAAUAAUAAUAAAUGUUAGAAAAAAGUGCUUAGUGUAUUCUGGCGAAAUUUUAUGAUAUAAUAAAGCUUGAUUCCACAUAA